UCGACAAGCGUCGGGUGAGCACCAACAUACACGAAGUCUGCUGCGACCAAUCAAAAGUUACAGACGUGUGCGCUUUCUACUUAAGCCAGUGUACCAGCCUUUGUGAACAAGUUGUGUUCAAGUGCUUGACCUGUGCGAUCCUAACAAUGUCCGAAAACGAAGGCGAUUUCAUCAAUAUUCUGUUGCUUGGCGAAACAGGCACCGGCAAAUCAGCGUUUAUAAAUUCAUUCGGGAUUUACUUAAAGCACUCGUCAUUGGAAGAAGCAGUAAAUGCUUUUUCGGAGAAAUCAUGCAUGAUUCCAGUCAAGUUUUCCGUGACCACCGAGGACGGGGACUCGAGGACCCUCCAUUUUAAGAACGACCCCAAUGAAGACAAGACUCUGGGCAACUCAUCAACACAAGCCACAAUUUCGUAUCUCUUUCCUUAUGAUUCCAAGGUGAUUCGUAUUAUCGACACGCCGGGAAUAAACGAUUCGCGCGGCGCUAUUACCAAAGACAAAGAAAACUUUGAGAAUAUCCUCGAGUACAUUGGUAAGUUGAAGUACCUGCAUGCAGUGUGCUUCCUUCUCAAACCGGAUGUGACUGUUCUUACGGACGCAUUCAAAUACUGCAUGUGCGAGUUGCUCUCACGUCUGGAUCGCUCUGCCGCCGACAAUAUUGUCUUCUUCUUCACGCGUACUCGCAGCACUGACUACAAGGCACCGGAAACCAUCACCUGCUUGCGUCGUGUGCUGGAAGAUAUCAAGAGUAAGGUUGGCGUCAGUGUUCCGUUGCGUUUUAAGAACAAUGAGCAUAAAAAUUGCUUUUAUUUUGACAACGAAGUUCUUAAAUAUUUAGUUGCCCAACAUCAAGGUGAAAACAUGGGAACUCUUCAAAGUUUUCAAAAAAGUUGGGAGGUUUCUAGUAAAUCCACCAGGAGUUUCACCGAUUACAUCUUAGGUACUGAAGAGCAUCCCGUUCUUCCACCACAUAACAUCCGGGAUACUGUAUCAGUGAACAGUGCUCGCACACUUAUCUCUGAGUUAUCCAAACCACUUGCCGACAUUAGUCAACUCGUACAGGACAAUGUCAGUGCUCUCCAAAAGCAUAUGGAUACUAUUCAACAAGAAAAUUUGACUGGAGAGGAGUUGAAGAAACUGCUGUACGUGCCGGUAAUUGACCUGAAACAAACCGAACUGGAUCAUCCUGUAUUGGUAUGCGCAGCGGCAAAAUGUCGCGAAACUUAUACGGUGGCAGGAGUUGUUAAAUAUCACUACAAAGAAAGGUGUCACGAUCCGUGUGAAUCAGUUCCUAAGUGGAAAUGGCUUUUUGGUGAAGGAGCCUUGAAAUUUUGUGACAACAUGAGUGGUGGCGAGUGUAUCAAGUGCGGCUGCAAUUGGUCAACUCACAUGCACGUUUCCUACGAGACAAAAGCGGUGGAGGAGCGAAUAUUAAACCAAACGGUGAAGUCUCAGCUUAACUCAAAUGAGAACAUUCUCAAUGAGCAGAAAGCGUGUGUUAAAGCCCUAAAAGAGCGCAUCGAAACAUACAAAUCUGAGCAAGAAGAAAUUGCGAAGGCAUUGGCAACCUUCGCAUAUUUUCUUAGCCAUAACUCCAUAUUGCCGAUCAAUGAUGCCUACGAGAGAUACUUGAACUGUUUAAUUGCCACUGAACAAAAUGCGGAGCGGGUAGCACUUCUUGAGUCGCUGAAAAGAGCACACAUUGAACAAAAGCGCAUUGUGGAAGAGGCCGGAAAGAAUGCAAAAGAACAGAACAUCACACAUAUCACAUCAGCGGACAUACUUAAGAUUGGGGACCGCUUGAAGCAAUUGAAACAUGUUGGUGAGACUUUCAAUAAUUUGCAUCAGUUCAUUACCAAUUGCAGUGCCAAGAAACUUGAAGACGAAAUGAGGUACGAGCAUUUAAGAUCGAAGAAGCCGUGGAAAGUGGUAGCAAUGGGUAAAUCCAUGUUUAGGGCACUUGCGAAAGUGUCCAACGUUGUAUCAGGCACAGCUUCUCAACUAACAGGGUGGUCGGAUCAACAUCAAAAUAUUAAUCAAGAGCAAGACGAUUGGGAGGCUGUGGAUGCACUAGAAUUAUCUGGUUCACGCACGCCAAGGAAGCAUUUUGGAAAUAAUUAGUUUAAUAUUAAUAUACUUAUAUGCAACACAUUUGUUGCACCGCAGACUUAGCGUGACUUUAUUUGUCACGUUUUCAUCUUUGUGAGGUCUAAGUAAGUAAUCUAUGUAUGAUAUGCAACCAGAUAUACAUUUCAGAUUGUUUGGUUGCAUAUUAUUCAGGGGUGUGCCUAUGUUAUACAUAAUAUUUUUCAAGUUAAUCAAUAGAUUAUAAUUAUAAUUUCUAACUAAAUAAGAAUUUAAACAAAAUUUUAAACAUUAAGGUGAAUACGACAUAAUUAUUAAAAUAUUUCUUUAUUCCUGA